CAACGUGGGAGACGCGAAAACGUUUGGAAUAUGUGACACCGAGCGUUGGUUCUUUAAUUGAAAUUCUGUUCAUUAAGUACAUUGUGCGUCGUGGUGGAAUUAAUGGUCCUGCCAUGAUGCCAGGAGACAGUCAGGUCAAAGCGGCAGCAAUAGCCGCGGAUGCGACUGCUGGGAGCUGUCAGAACUGCUCUGUUUUGCACCAGAGCCUAACCGAGUACGUCGCAUCAUUUCUUGCUCUGAAACAGAAAAUAGCAGGUACCGAUGACUCCAUCAGGCUUCGAGAGCAACUGGAGGAACUGCAGAUGCGGUUGUUUACACUGGAGAAAAAGACAGCAGAUUAUGAAUCCGUACAGGCCGAACUGGAAGAGAAGACGGAUGCACUUAAGGCCUAUGAACAGCUGUCUGAAGAGAUGGACAAAUUAAAGCAGGAAAAUAUCAACAUGUUGACUGAGAAUGAAACGCUGAGAGAUGAGCUGAAAUGUUUGAAAGAUUUGACAGAAACACAGGGUCUUGAAAAUGCACAUGUGAAAAGAGAGAAAGCAGCUGUUGAAAAUGAUUUAUUAAAAACUCAGGCAUCUUUAAAAGAAUCUCAGGAACAAGCCAAGAAGGUUGAUACAUUGACAAAGGAGAAUGCCAUCAUGACAAACAUGAAGGAUAGUCUGGAAAACAAAGUUAGAGUGCUCGAAGACUCGAUUUGUAAACAGAAUUAUCAAAUAUCUCAGCUGACCAAUGAGAAGAUACUGCUUGAAAGGAACAUUAGUGACCUCCAGGUGCGACUGAUAAAACUGGAAAGAGAACGAUGUAAAGAAUAUAGGAGCUCUACAACUCAAACAAGAGCAGAACCAAAAGUUGACAAAGGAAAGGUGCGACUGCUGCUGCAGAGUUUAUGGGAAUGUGUGGAUUCAGAGCAUGAGCAAUCGUCAAACGUAUCCACGUCACCAGAGUUUGGUUAUAGGUUGGCCCUUCCUCCUUCUCCACAAUCCAAACUGCGGGCUAAUGAAAAACAAAUGUCAACCUCUACUUCUGAGACCAGUCAUCAUGUCGAGACCCAAUCUGCUCUCACAAAGUUGAAACCUUGUCCUCGAGUGCAGGACAAGGGCACAUGCAAGCACCAAGCAUCUACCCACCACUUGAAUCAAGACAACACACUGAAAAAGAGCAAAGAGUCACCCAACAAAAAUAAACAUAAUGAGUCGUCUCCCAUCAAAGGCAACCUUUAUGUAUCUAUUGAUGAAAUAAUGGAUUUUUUUAAACCACUUCCACCCUGCAUAUCUCCACUUUCAGAAUCGGACACCAGUGUAGAAGGUGAUGCAGCACUAUCCAUCUCACCAAAAGAGACGGAUGGUGAGGAAAAGAAUGACAGUCCUGAACUUUCUGAGGAUGUUCAACUUCCUAAACAAGAUCAGCCUUCGAGUUCUGAAACAUCACCACUACAUCUUAACAGUCCAAAAUCUCUGUCACUUUACAAAAAAGAUAAUGUGGACAUCUUGGAACACAUUUCAGAUAAAAAAGACAUUGGACACUGUGGGUUGGGUGGUGGUGCUGAACUGAAUGAAAGCUCAGAUAAGAACAGCAGUUCUCUAAAAAACGUGUUCGAACCCAAACUGCCACAGUCUUUAUUAUUACAUAGUAAUGUUUCAGAAGAAGGUCUCCCAUUACCAGGUGAAGAUAUGGAGCAUUCCCAUAGUGAAAAUCCCAACACCCGAAGUACAGAUAUCUGUGAUACUGGAACGGCUUUUGAAAAGGCAGAAGAAGACAAUUUGGAUACUGCUAUAAAGAUGGAUGUAGAUAUGAGUCCUGGUGACAUUCCUGAUGUCACAACAGUUGUUACUGAUGGGGAAAGAGAGGCAACUGCAAACACUGGAGACGCAGAAAAUUAUCAAUUUGUUGGCCAAUUUAAAAGCAAAGAAUCUUCUGAAGACACCAGUGUCACAGACGGCCAAAUAGGUCCUGUGGAUUCUUGUCAAGACAGUGCAAAUCUCACUGCCUCAGGGGCUCUCUGUAAAGACUCAGAAAUGCCAGAGGAAUCCCCACCAAGCAGCAGUGACAACAUGAGUUGUGUCUUAAAUAAAAACCUUGAAGAGGGAAUGGAAGUAGAUGCUGGAGUCCAUUGCUCCGAGGAUAAUGAAGAGAAUGCAGAGCAAGUUCCUAGAGAUGUUGACGUGACAGCUUCACCCUCAGACCUGAAUGUCUGUGAUAAACCUUUGUCUCCUGAAGAGUCUCCGGUUUUGAAAAGAGAAGUUGAGGGGUUCUGUACUGACCCGGAACACGAAAAAGUAAAUUCUACAGCUUUGUCGCCAAAGGAUUUUGACAAAGAGAAAGCAAAAAGUACCAAUACACCUGAUAGUGCUUCUUUAUUGUCCCCAGAAAAAAUAACAGUUGACAGUAAAUCUUUGGAAGACAAAGAUUUACAUGAAGGACUGUUAAGUUCUUCAAGUCAGUCGUCUCAAGUAAAACUGCUUCCUGUGGAAACUGACCCAAAACCGGAAAAAGCUCAGGACAAAGAGAAAGUUGCAAAGAACAAUCUACUCACCUCAGAAAAGGAAAUUGUCAACAAACUCCACUCUGAUUCUACUACUUCUGCUAGAAAAGAACAAAACCAGAGCUUGGAGACAUUUACACCAGUCCAUGAACAGCCAGAUUUACAUACAAAUGUUGAGGAAAAUGUUACACCAUUUGGCAGUCCAUUAGCAACUCAAACACCAGAGUCCAUCGGCCAACUUCUUUUGGAAAUGGGUCCUCCACUUCCCCCUGUCUUGACCCCUAUAACAACACCUCCUAAAGCAGGCAAGCCAAUCAACCCAAGCCACGCAAUUGGAAAACUUUCAUUUCCUUCACCGAUGGAUAGCUCAGCUUCUACCACUCCAGUGAAAUUCCUUUCAACACCCAACGGUCAGCAGCUCAGCUAUUCUUCUUCCCUGACCAGUCCAACCCAUCCAAAUGGAGUCCCCUCUUCACCGCUCCAGUUUAGCUCAGCCACUCCUAAACAUGCGUUACCAGUUCCUGGUCGCUUGCCUGCCAUAACAGUUAAUUCUUCCCCUUCGUCUUCGACCAGUCCACCUCAAGAAAACUCCAUGAGCAUUCUAAAUACCAUGGACCCCGGUUCCUCUGUCUGCACCUGGACUCUUAACAUUUUGAAAUGUAAUGUCAAUCUUAGCAUGUGCUCAUCAGAGAAUGGAGUAUUACCAAAAACAACGGACAAUCAGAGAUCAGGCUUCAAAACCAUCAGCUCUGCUUCAACAGCCUUCACAAAAACAGAGACCAGGGGAGAAAAAAGACCUGCUGGCGAUUCGUCCCAGUCCAAAAAUAGUAAAUUCCCAAAGCUUGACAGCAGUUAUGCAGAUGUUACUGACAAACAGGAGUCCUCCUUACACAGUUGCAAUGAAGCAGCCUCUUCCAGUACUGUGGCAAAAGAUCAGACGACAAGCAAUACAGCAUUUCCAUGCAUAGAAUUUGAAGAACCAGCUGAGCAGGAUCUUAUCGUUGACUAUUUAGACAAAAUUAAAAAACAAUGUUUCGAUUUACUGCCUGUUGUCCAGAGUCACCUUUAUGUUGGUAAACUGCCCAAAAAGCCUAUUCUGAGAGAAGAGGAGAAAGAGGUCAUCUCUGACAUAUGCAGAUGUAGCUUGGUAGAUGAAAUGAUUGUGGCCAUAUUGACCAAACUAAAGGCUGAAAAGAAUGCACUUUGUCUAAACUACUUACAAGCCCUCUGUCGAGUCUACAUAGGCAUCUGUAGACAGAAGAAGUACUGGGAGAAGGCUCGUAUUCUGGCCUACAGCAUUCUUGUCGAAGAUUUCCCAGAUUCAGCAAAACUGGUCUUGUUUAUGGUGACGACAUGGCCCAACGUUCUGACACACAGCAGCUUACCGUGCCAGGCCAUUCAUGUUAUUACCCAACUAAAAGCACCAGAAGGGCUUCUUGGCUGCCUGGCUGCUUUCCUUGGAUGGGAAAAGAAUCCUCCUUGUGACCUUGACCAGCUGAUACUUAGAACUCUGACGGAACUCCGUUCAGGAAACAAUCAGUCUUUUACGAAGCAUCUGCGCUACGGAGAAGACCUCGGAGCUGGAGCCUGGGAACAAAUCUUCACACUGCAUCUCCUCUGUUCACAGAAAAAGUGGGAAUGGACCUAUGAACACAUCCUGAGGAAAGAGUUGUGGCCGUUAAUGAACACCUGGGUUCUACAACCAAGAGAUCAGCAAGAACCAGUUCGAGAUGAGACUGCUGCUACUGUACUUCGACUCAUAGGACGGCUCGGUCAGCUGGGCCUUAAAGAAGGUUCUGUUUCCUCUUUGGUCACUGUGGCCAAUACCAUCAACACAUUCGGAAGGCAUGGACAAGCUGAAGGGGUGCCUUGGACGGUCCAGUUAGCAGCUAUUUACUGCAUCUAUGAGUUGUCUCCCUGCAAUCCCAAACAAGCCCUGGAUGCUUUGGCAGAGUGGAGAGGAGAGGCUCCACAGAACGUCCCUCCUGCUGUCACAAGUUGUAUUAAUCAAGUGGCAUCUAUUUGUAGAAACGUCAGAAGCUGAAAAUUUACUAAACCACAUUGACCAUCAUUUCUGUAUGUAACUAUUUUUAAGACAAGACAAAUACCUCAAUAUUGAUUUACAGCCUUAAUAUAGUUGUUUACCAUGUAAGCGGGAGUGGCGACUAAAAGGUUUGUGUUCUUUGCAGUACAACAGGGUGUAUUGAACUCCAUUUUAAUAUUUUUGUCCACAUUUAAAGACGAUUGUUUCAAAUAAUUUCAGACUUAAUAAAUGUUAUUUGUUUUUUAAAUUGCAUUUAAAUUUGUAAGUCUUUCAAGCUAAAUAUUUUCUUUUAUGGGAGUCCAAGAAGUUUUAUUUUCUAAAGUUUAGUCUACUACAUCCUGCAAAAGACGCACUCGAGCUAGACAUAGUACAACUAUUUGACAUUGUAAAAUUUUCAGGUAACAAUAUGUACAGUGUGCUAAACUGUGAAGCUGGUGUAUAUAAAUCAGAAAUAUUGAUUUUUUUUGUUUUGCCAAAGUAAAUGUUUUGUACAGUUUUCUUCAGGAGCUUUUAUUUUUUCUAAUUAAAAUGAACACAUCUUGUAUAAAUUGAUUGUUUUUGCUGUAGUUUCCAAUUAC